CAAUUAUCUUUCACUAACACAACAAUAUUGGUUAAAAAUCUCCACUCAUUCAUUUUGAUAUCUCUCUCUCUCUCUUUUAAAUCAAAACCCCAAAAAAAAAACUAUGGAACGUAACUCCCUCUUAACGGUUGCAUUGCUCUGCAUUGUAGUCGCCGGCGUCGGUGGCCAAUCUCCUGCCUCCUCUCCAACUAGAUCUCCCGCCGCUCCUUCUGCUCCAACUACUCCCCCUGCUAACCCUCCGGCCGCUACUCCUCCCUCCACUCCCAUGGCUAAAACGCCGGCUUCCUCACCAGUGGAAGCACCAAAGUCUCCGGCUCCUGUAGUAUCGUCUCCACCGCCGACUCCUGUUCCCGAGAGCUCUCCACCGUCUCCUUCACCCAAGGCUUCCGCUCCGGUGAGCUCUCCACCAGCUCCAGCACCAGAAGCACUUACUCCACCGGCUCCAGUAGCCGCUCCGGCCGCUGAUGUACCGGCUCCGGCUCCAAAAAAGCAUAAGAAGUCCAAGAAGCAUCAAGCACCGGCCCCGGCUCCCGAACUUGACAGUCCACCUGCACCACCGACAGAAGCUCCUGGCCCUAGCUCCGACGACGCAAGCUCUCCCGGUCCAGCCACAUCCGCCGACGAUCAGAGCGGAGCAGAGAGCACAAGAAUGUUGCGGAAUGUAGCGGUGGGAGCGGCUGCAACCGCCUGUGCCGUUCUCGUUAUGGUCUUUUAAGUUAUUUGUAUUUAUUUUUUCUCCCUUAGUUCUUUAGUUUGUUCUUUUAACUCUACGAUUAUCUCUUUCCUUUUCACAUUUGAGUAAUGAGUAUUAUUUCAUUGAUUAUACCGUUUGUUUUUAUUUUUAUUUGUGUGAAAAUAAUAAUUUUUAUUUACUGAGAAGAAAAUAAAACUCAGAUCUGUCAGUGAUGAAUCUGAUGAUACUGUUACUUGUUAUGACAGAUGAUUGUUCUUGUUUUAA